AUGGCGGAGCCACCGUAUGCGGCCGCCGAGACCACCACCACCUCCGGUGGCGGCAACUCUUCGUUUUCGACCGGGUCGUCGUCCUCAUCCGGGUCGACCCGAAUUGUAGAGAAAGAGUCAAAUAAGAGGGAAAGGGACAAAAGUGGAAAUAAGCACCCGGUCUACAGAGGGGUGAGAAUGCGGAGCUGGGGCAAGUGGGUGUCGGAAAUCCGGCAGCCCCGCAAGAAGUCGCGCAUCUGGCUGGGGACAUACCCGACGGCGGAGAUGGCGGCGCGUGCCCACGACGUGGCGGCGCUGACCGUCAAGGGGGAAUCCGCGGUGCUCAACUUCCCCCACCUCCGCGGGUCGCUGCCGCGUCCAGCGUCGGUCGCGCCGCGGGACGUGCAAGACGCGGCGGCAAAAGCGGCGGCGAUGGAGGGGAUCCGGCCGCCGACGCCGCCGGCGUCGCCGGAGGCGUCCAACAGCGCGUCUUCCGGGAGCUGCGAGGCGGCGGCGGGCUCGGACGAGCUGGGAGAGAUCAUCGAGCUGCCGAGCCUGGAGGGGGGCGACGGGACGGCCGAGUCCGGUGGGGGGAUGGCGGUGGUAGACUCGGCGGAGGGGUGGCUUCAGCCGCCGUGGUGGGCUUCGGACAAGGAUUUCUGCGAGUAUUUUCUCGAUCAGGUGGCGGCGGGCGGCGGGAGUUUGAUUUCCAUGCAGCUGUGA